AUUGGCGUCUGUUGCUAGGCAGAUUUUUUGUAGAACAAAUCUAUUUUGUAACUGGGCAGACCAGGAAACUUUAUCCAGUUAGAAUAAUCCUCCUAAAAAAAUUAAUUCUGCUCUACCAAUAGAAAAUAAGACGCGAUUGGUUUCCAGGUAGAUUUUUGCUCAUUGACCAAUCGGAAGAGACGCUGGCUUUGUAGUCAGGCAGACAUAGCAAAGUUGUCCAAUCACAAAAAAAUCUGAAAAGGGGAUUUUUGCUGUUUCUUGGUUCAGUACUUUACUUUUACAGAUGUUGGUUAUGAGGCCUGGUUAGUUGGUCCCAAUGUCAGAGGACCAGAGCCAUCAGCAGACCGAGGUCUCCCUACGGGGGGAGGCUGGUCUGGAAGCAGGCGAGGGGGAGACCGAGCCCAGCAUGCUGCUGCAGAAACUCAAGAGCAACAUUUCGAAGGAUGUUCAGACCAAAGUGGAUCAGAUCCUGCAAGAUGUUCAGCGUUUCUCUGAUGGGGACAAGCUGUACCUGUACCUCCAGCUGCCCUCUGGACCCAAUUCUGGAGACAAGAGCAGCAGUGACUCCAGUUCCUUUAACACAGCCGACCAGCUUCACACCUGCAACUGGAUCCGCAGUCACCUGGAGGAGCAUUCUGACACCUGUCUGCCCAAACAGGACGUCUACGAGGCGUACAAGAGAUAUUGCAAAAACUUGCGCCACCGACCUUUGAGUGCGGCCAUCUUUGGAAAAAUCAUCAGGGACAUUUUCCCCAACAUCAAGGCCAGACGGCUGGGAGGCAGAGGGCAGUCCAAGUACUGUUACAGCGGCAUCAGGAGGAAGACGGUUCUCAACAUGCCUCUGCUGCCCAACCUGGACCUGAAGAAUGAUCCGUCAGAGCUGACUGAGCUGGUCCAGACCUACAAACAGGAAGUGACUGAGGCGGCGUGCGAGCUGAUCUGCGAUUGGGCACAGAAGAUCCUAAAGCGGUCAUUCGACACCGUGGUGGAAAUCGCUCGGUACCUGAUCCAGGAGCACAUCGUCAACCCUCGCUGCAGCCAGGCGGAGCUGGUGACGUCUGCAGCCCUCGCAGGGGGGCCAGCCAAAACCCACAAAGUCAUUAAGAAAACACCAGUGACCUCUAAAGCGGAUGCAGAUGGAGCCGCAGACCAGAAGAAGGAACAGGGAGACUCCUCAUUGAAGCCACCGACGGGAGAAAAGGCUUCUCCACCAACCAAAACGUCCUCCGUCGAUGCUCCCCUUCCUCCUUCAUCGGCGCCUGCUUCAGCCAAGCGUCCAGCAGUGAAGGCGUUCAUAAAGCAGUUACCCAAGCUCCUCCCCCGCAGCCCCAUGCCCGACAACACCCUCUCUGUCCGCUCCCCUCUGCCCUCGCUGGCCGUCAAAGACGUGUCCUGUGUCGGGGGGGCUUCUGGACACGGAGGCCCGACUACCGCCGCUGCCAAUAGCGGUUCCGUGAAGGUCAUUGCCAUGGCGACGCUGCCCCAGCCUUUGAUGAUCCUCCCACAGAGCUGUCUGUCCUACGACAGGGAGAAGGUUGCUGCGGCUCCUCCUCCUCCUCCUCCCUCCGCGGCCCCCACCUCUGUGGUCCAAAAAGCUCGAGGGAGCACCCCCAAACGGCCCCCGGAAGGCGGGAUGGCGGUCGGCGGUGUCAGCCCAGUGGACAGCGCUCCUCCAGUGAAACGGAAACGUGGAAGACCCAGAAAACCUCCGCCAGAAGACGCCCUUCCCUCCCCUCCGGUCGCCCUUGCCUCCCCCCAGCUCUCACCUCAAGCUCCGCCCUUCCCGAGUCCAAUUAUCACUUCUGUGACAGGUGGCGUCAUUCAGAAGGCUUCUUCCUCCUCGUCCUCUUCCUCACAACCGGUGCUUGAGCUGGUUCUGAGUCAGCUGCCAGCCGUGUCGGACCCGGGCGCCCAGCUGGUGGAGCACCGCGGGGUGGUGGUGCAGUGCCAGCCAAGUGGGCCCGCCGAUGCGGACCACCACAGCCGGCCGCUGCUGCUGUUCCAGAGUCCAGGGAACCCCAGCUGGGAGCUGGCCCCGUCCGGUCGGGCCCCGAUGGUGGAAGUCAUCCAGAAAGCUCCGAGGCCGAGCAACAACACCGCCCCUCCAUCAGCAGCAGCAGACCCUCCCAUUCCCCCGCCCACAGUGUACCAGGAACGAGGCGAGGUGGAGAUUACUUUGACCCCAGUGCAACUGCACGCCAGCCUGCCGCCUUCCUCCUUCCCCUCCUCCUCUACUGCCUCCACCCCCUCUGCACAGUCGAACGAGGAGAGAGCAGAAAUCAGCAAAGGAGAUCGACUCUAGCUUUGUCUGUUUUAACUAGCCCUUCAUCUUCUUCAUUCAGCUCCUGCCUUCCUUGCUCUAAGGUCAUGCCUCAUUUACAUCUGGCCCUCUACUGGUGGAAAAACAACAUUUACAAAUCUUUUUCUACAGGUGGGAACACAUUUGUAAAUGAAACGCUCCACAAACCUGCGGUUAUUUCAUCUCAUCUUCUUUUUGUAUCUAAUGGUUGAAACAACAGCAGGUUUCCCUGCUUCCUUCCUUCCAUUCCUACUGUUUUCACCCUUCAUUGAAAAAAAAAUCCCAGGUCCAAAUAUUUUCAAAAAAAAAAAAGAAUAAAGAAGAGUCGUGCAAAGAAAACAGGAAGCUGAAAAUGGAGGAACAAGGAAAGUGGACUCGACAGAUACACUCUGUAAUUUAUGGGUCGGAGCUUUAGAAAAGUUCUCUUCUGAAGAGACAACUUCCUCAAAGUCCAGCUUGUCCUCCUUUUGUCCCGAGGCCGAGAUGAGACAGAAGGAUUAAAGAGGAAAGAGACGUGAAACCUCGACCUGGUGAGUGUGAGAAGAAGCUCUUUAAAAAGACCCCAAUAUUCAAACUGUUUGUUUAUUUAACACGUUGGGUUAGAAGUUCCAGUUGAACAAAGGAAAAAAGUUACCCCAAAAGUUGAUUUUUUAUUAUUAUUAAUAUUAUUAUUAUUAUUAUUAUUAUUAUUAUGUGAAGGGCUUUGUUUUUUAUCUGACAGAAAUGUUAGAAUAAAUGUUAAGAGUUGAUGGUUA